ACAGCUAAUGUUUUCGGUGAGAAUUCAGCAGACGGACAAGGCCGACGAGGAACUCUUUGGUCGACUUAAGAAAAGGCAUUCCUCUGCCCUUUCACGGUGUCCGUUCGCUGAGAAGCCAUUAUUUCCCGGGAAGUUUUGAUUUGCACCUGACUAUGCCUCUCAGCCAGCGCGCCAUCAGUAUCCUUACAUAAUGCCGCUCCCUGAAGACAGCAAGGGCUCAUGCUUCCAGAGUGGAAGCAAGCGGAGCCAUGAGCCCUUCAUCGUUUCAGAGAGAUUUGGAAACAGCGGCGUAGGCUUUGGAGGUAGCUCUCACUCCCAGGCCCCAGAGAAAGUGACACUUCUUGUAGAUGGCACACGUUUUGUUGUCAACCCUCAGAUUUUCACUGCUCAUCCGGAUACCAUGCUGGGAAGAAUGUUUGGACCAGGAAGAGAAUACAACUUCACGAGGCCCAAUGAAAAGGGGGAGUAUGAGAUUGCGGAAGGGAUCAGUGCCACUGUGUUCCGCACGGUGCUGGAUUAUUACAAAACGGGCAUCAUCAACUGUCCUGAUGGCAUCUCUAUCCCAGAUCUGAGAGACACGUGUGACUAUCUCUGCAUCAACUUUGACUUCAACACUAUCCGGUGUCAGGAUCUGAGUGCUUUACUCCAUGAGCUGUCCAACGAUGGUGCCCACAAGCAAUUUGACCGCUACCUCGAGGAGCUGAUUCUGCCCAUCAUGGUGGGCUGUGCCAAGAAAGGGGAACGGGAGUGCCACAUCGUCGUGCUGACCGAUGAGGACUCUGUGGACUGGGAUGAAGACCACCCCCCGCCCAUGGGGGAGGAGUACUCCCAAAUACUUUACAGCUCCAAGCUCUACAGAUUCUUCAAAUAUAUCGAGAAUCGGGAUGUUGCUAAGACAGUGCUAAAGGAGCGGGGUCUGAAGAACAUCCGCAUUGGAAUUGAAGGCUACCCUACCUGCAAAGAAAAGAUUAAGAGGAGGCCUGGCGGGAGGUCUGAAGUCAUCUACAAUUACGUGCAGCGCCCCUUUAUCCAGAUGUCAUGGGAGAAGGAAGAAGGAAAGAGUCGCCAUGUGGAUUUCCAGUGUGUUCGCAGCAAAUCCCUCACUAAUUUGGUGGCUGCUGGAGAGGACGUCUUAGAAGACCAGGAGAUAGUGAUGCACCACCCUCCGCAAGUGGACGAACUCGACCGGUUAAAUGCCCCCCUCUCUCAGAUGGCUCCUAAUGACUUCCAAGAUUAGGGACAAUCAGGUCUGUCCUCCCUCGCCAGAGCUCUUCGUGUGGGUAUCCUCAACCCAUCCUCCCUGUCCUCCUGUGGUUUCUCACCGUAAGGAGAUGCUUCCCCCCAUCUAUUUCUGUCCCCUCUGUUAUCACGCCCUUUUCUGAGUCUGCCUCUGGCCGGGUGAAGCAGCCCUCUGGUAAUUAGACGACCAGUUUAGCCGGCUGUGGUAAACACUUUGGGUCUGAUGUUGUUGGUUGCGUCUUGUAUAACUGUAGGAGGAUAAGUAGACUCCUGUCGCCUCGUGGUUGGCACAGUAGUCACAUCCUUUACACCCAGUGGGUGGGCUUUGCACCAGACAAGUUGCUUAAUAGUGAAAGGACCAAACAUCAAAGGAGACUGUGCCGGGGCAGGUGUGCCAGGGCAGGUGGAAGGCAGGUCCCAGGUGUCAUCUGGGCAGAGUGUCUGAAAGGAGUCCCCACGCGCUCAGACUUAGCUCUGCAUUAGCACAGGAACAGUCCGGCAUACGAGACAGGGUCCGCAGCAGGAAGAGCGUGGCCCGCCCGCAGUGGUAGUACGGCCUCUGUCUGGGGAUUCAGAGCCCAAGCUGAUGCUUCAUUUGGAAGUGAAAUGGAAACCAGGUGGCAGAGUGGCUCCAGAUCAGGCGGGGACAGCGUGUGCUGUGGGUGUGGCAGGAGACUUGGUACCUUGAGGUUCGCUUGGUACCUUCCUGUGAGCUCCAGAGGAGGGUUGUGGUGAGUGGAUGGAAUUGUUACCCAGAGUUCACACCAGUACACUCACGUCUGUGUUUCUUCUCUCUCUCUUUUUAGUAGCCCAUUAGCUCUGGAGCAUGUUCAGAAAAUCGGCUGUCCUCCCCAGGGUCAGGUCCAGGCCUUGCCAUUUGAUCUGUUCACCCUGCCAUGUGUGGUAGAUGGUAAUCCAGAUCAGUGGUCAGCACCUUCCUCUGACGCUUCCAUGGCUGUCUGCAGGGUCAAGAGCCAGACAGCCGUAUCUGGGAUUACUUUACCCUCAACAUUUCCCCAUCGUGGGUGGUGCAUGUCAACUGUUUCCUUCAAGUUCCUUAAAAGAACACGGUUGUUUCUUGACAUCUGCUCCCAUUGGGCGCUGUAUGGUAUACUGCUUGAUGGCUUGGGGAGAACAAGGCUGCUCUUAGGAUGUUUUCUUUGUCAUGGCAGCAUCACAGUGGGAGCUGGUGUGAGAUCUUCCUUGCUCAGGAAACAGGUGUAACUAAGCAACCCUGGUUUUUGUGGUGAUCAUUGGUGUUUCGGUGAGGCUGAAGGCCAGCAUCCAGAAUGCGGAUUAAGGUUAUUCGUGUCCAGAAGUUACUUCUGGGAAGUUUACCAGCUCGUGUUUGAGGCCAGGUUUGGCCUUGACUUUGUUGGUGCUGUCUGCUCACCGGUGGCUGAGUAGCCCAGGCCCUGGUUCAGUGGUGCUUUCCCUGUGCUGAUCCAUUGGCGGCCACUGGAGGGAGUGCGUGUCCGUGUGCAGUGUUAGGUGUGGGCGUCCUUUCUUUGUCCUUCCGAGAUGGUUGGCUGCCUUUAUGAACUAGGUCUUACUGCAUACCCCGAAUAAGUCAUCGUGCUGUGGCUCCAGCAGUCUGAAGGCUCAUCAGUGGCAUUGGGUGGUGGGGACCAAAGGAUGGCCGGGGACACUCACAGGCCGUGUGGAGAGGAGGCUUCUUUCGACCCUCAGCCCCACCCUCUCCGACAUGUCAGUCCUGUAGUCUGGUGCUCACCUCAGUCUUGCCUGCUGUCCCCAGAGUUGGGACGUUCUUUAGUGCUCCUCGCAGGACCAAGGCUGGGGUACAGUAGUCUUUGGAGUUGGUUACUGGCUGUAUGAAGGAGAGGACUUCUCUAGUAAAGAGAUGGAUUUGGAGCUGAUGUAGCUCUUGUGAGUGCCUGAAUAAGUAGGUCAGGCUGUGUGCACAGAGACGGUCUUGUGAGAAAGGUGACUGACUACUCAGUCUCAGCAAGACGGAGGAUAGCUUGCACCUGAGGCUUGACCGCUUAGUGUGUCCUUGUAGCCUGUGUAGCUGUGAGAAACACCUGCUACACAGAACAGGGACACAGUAUGAGAAUGUCAGGAAUUACACGGCUCUCCGUGGUGGAAAAAGGUGACGGCAAAAUUGGAAGAUGGAAGAGAAGAGACUGGGUGGGUACAGGAGCCAUAGUUACUUCACCAGCACCUCAGAGUGUCCAGGCCUGAGAGACACUGGAAGCAGCACGGAAGGGACAUCCUCUCAGCCAGACGGUGUGUUGUAGGAGAGCGAGUGCUCAGAGCACAGGCUUCAGCUGUGUCACUCAGCUUGUUUUUACGUCAGAAGUUUUAGUGGCACACUAGCAGCCACUUGUUGACAUCUGCAAUUUCUGAGGUGGGUUCAGGGAGCUCAGCAGGAUGCUGCCGCCUUCCCAGGAGGCAGAGCCACUUUUGUGUCUGGCUGGGAUCAUUUCUGGAAAAUUACAUUUUCUCCUAAAGGCAAAAUGCUUGUAGGUUUUGCCUCUGACUUUGUAUUUACUUUUGAAGUUGCACUCGUUCACCUACCAGUGUUUACGGAAUCCUGUAUAUGGGAUGCUUUUUCUAUAAUAAAAUAUUUUUAUUUGUG